CCCCCCCCAGGGCCUCCCCGCUUUUGCAAAGCUGCAGCCUGGGGCAACUGCAGGAGCCAUGGCGGUACCUCGGGAGGAAUAUUUCCGGCUGGUCUGGCAGGAGAAAGUGCCGAAGAAGCAAGAGCAAAGUGUGGACCACUUCCCACCCGUGCUGCGCCUCCUGGAGAAGAGGCAGGAGCUGGAGGAGGCAGACCGGGAGCUGCAGGCCCGGAAAGAGGAGUUCCACACCACCAUGGCGGCCCUGCAGCACCGCUGGGAGCAACUGGAGCAGAAAGAGCGGGAGCUGAAGGGGUCCUUAGGCCGCUUCGACAAGUUCCUCCAGGAGGCCGAGGCCCGGCGCGGCCGCGCGCUGCGGAGGGCUGUGGAGGAGCGGGAGCGCGCGGGCCGGCGGGAGGCCGAGGCGCAGCGGCUGCGCGCCCAGCUCGAGGACCUGCGGCGGGAGCGCGCGCGGCUGCAGCGCAGGCUGGGGCACUUGGAGCCUUGCGCGCGGCUCCUGGAGCGCGCGCUGGAACAGCUGCCAGAGUUCCAGGAGGUCCACGAGCUGGUGGUGCGCUUCGAGGGCCUGGUGGAUACAAGGGUGGCGCUGCGGCAGGCCGAGCACGAGCGGAGAGUGGAGCUGGCGGCGGCACGCGCAGGGCUGCAGCGGCUGCGGGACGCAGGGCAGGACGAACUGCUGGCGCUGAGCCAGCGGCGCUCUGAACUGCAGGAUCGGCUGGAGGCGGCGCGGGAGCACAGGCUGCAGUGGGAAUCCAGGUGGAUUCAGAUCCAGAGCACCGCGGCCGAGAAGACCCUGCUCCUGGGACGCGCGAGGAUGGCGGCGCUCAACCUGGCCCAGGUAGUGAGCCAGCACCAGCGGCAGCCACCCGUCCUGGACGUGGAGGACACGGAGGCGCAGCUGGAGCAGGUGAAGCAGUUCAUCCUCGACCUCUCAGCCACGCUGGCCAGCCUCCGCCAGGCUGAGCUCGGGGCCACAGCCCCCACCCGGCUUCGAUGAGCAGUGGGGGACCCUGCAUUUCCAGUGGGGUGCACGUUGUGGCCAACUGGGGCAUGUUUUCUCAGGAUGAGUGGUGCCUGUCCAUGCUGCCAUGGGGCUUACAGAGGGGCACACACAGGCACCCCAUAGAUACAGGUCACGGCUGCUGUGGGACGAGGGGAGGUGUGUCCCACACCUAUCCACCACGUGACCCAGGACCAGACCCUCCUCCCAGGGGCUGGGGACAAAGCUAAGUGCAGAUAUUCAUGAGGAGCCAAGGCCCAGCCACAUGGUGGGUGUAUCUCUAGCAGGGUGUUCAGUAGAUGGGACGGGGGGCCACCAGAGGGGUGCCCAGAGGAAGCCUGGUCCCCAGGCCGCUGUGAGACUGCGGGGGCUGGGCCUGCCCUGAGGUCCAGCUGCUGGGUCACCGUAGGUCAGGGAAACCUAGGAGCCUGAAGCAGCACACAGGCCACAAGGACCUCAGCAGGGCCC